CUUAAACACGGAAGCAAACGGCGCAAUUCGCUCAACGACUCCGGAUUUUCAGGAUUUGCUAACAUGACAUGCUUGCAUGUCGACGUAUACAAUUCUAUUGCGUGCAUGGCUUCUCAUAAAAAUGCGUGUCGUACAGCAAUAAACGCUAAGAAUAUGCUUAUGGUCCGAAAUUAAGGCUAAUUGAGGAAAUAUAUUUUUCAUGUUGUGUAAAUAUUGUGUACGUCAUAGGUAUUUGUGUAGGUGGUUACAAAUCACUGAUAUAUGCUAUGGAAUCUCUAACAUACCUUUAACGGAGCUUCUCCGAGUUUUGUGGUGAUAGCUAAACAAAAGCGACUUUCAGUAGUUUAAACCUUGUUAUUUUAGCUCGUUUGCAUAGAGAGCGCAAGGCUUAUUUGAAACGCUAUCCAGUCCGUUUUCAGGGACUAGAACCAGUACUUGGUGUAUAUGAGGAGAUCUAAAGAACGCUCACACAGAAGGGAUCGAAACCGUGACCUCCCGAUCACCAGGCGGACACUAUAUCCAAUACGCCACAGCGAAUGCAGUGGUAUGUUGCAGUCAACCAUGAGUGACCAGGACCAGAUUGUGAUAGCCAAGUAUGAUUACAAGGCAGAGAACAGUAAGGAGCUCGACAUCAAAAAGAACGAGAAACUCAUUCUUGUAGAUGACACCAAGGAAUGGUGGAUGGUACAGAACAACCGAAACAAGUCUGGUUACGUGCCGUCCAAUUAUGUUAAACGAUCAAAACCUUCAUUUUUGUCCAGCUUGAAAAGCACGCUCGGGCGGAAGCAUAAAAAUGAGUCCAAGGGGGUGGGUAGUCCUGUAGUGAGUCGGAAUGGUAACACGGGGGGUAUGGGGGCACUGCCUCUCCCCCCUGAGGGCUCUGAGGGGGACAAGAACUCAAUAAAUAGUGAAAAUAUUCAGGUAUGUGACCCACCUCAGCCUGCUGUUGUUAAAUACAAUUAUAACUCUCAACGGCAAGACGAAAUGUCCUUGAUUAAAGGCGAAGCCGUCUUGGUGCUCGAAAAAUCGAACGAUGGCUGGUGGAAUGGUCGCAAGGGGAAUAACUCAGGUUGGUUCCCAUCUAAUUACGUCGACCUCCAGUCUCAGUGUCAUAGCAACAACGACAACAGCGGCUAUACCACCGCCAUGUCGUCGGACGUGAGAACAAACGAGAUCGUGACAGCGUUGUACAGUUUUAACGGAACGGGUGUUGAGGAGUUGAAUUUCGAGAAGGGCGACAAACUGAUAAUUGUUAGCAAGCCACCAGACGACCCGGAGUGGUGGCGAGCGCGAAACUCUCGCGGGGAGGUGGGGCUUGUGCCAAGGAAUUAUGUGCAAAUCAUUGAUGACGUGAGUAAUAGUGAUAACGAGGUGAGCUCAGCCACUAACAGUUCGUGUACACCACAAUCCCAGUCUACCAGUAGUUUGUCAAACACUUCUAGUUUAGGGGCCGGCGGUAGAAAACAGUUCUGUGUGUCCGGGCCGCUAUCGGACAAGGAGUGGUAUUAUGGGAAGAUUACUCGACAGCAGUGUGAGGAAAUGUUGGCCAAGUACGCUGCCAAUGGUGAUUUCAUUAUCCGUGACAGUGAGUCCACUGCCGGUCAUUACACAGUGGUAUUAAAGGCGCCAGACCGCAACAAACACUUCCGUGUUCAAGUGAACGACGGUCUCUACCAUAUAGGUCCCCAGAAUUUCAUCUCCAUGGAUGACCUCAUAGAACAUUACAAAAAGCACCCGAUCUUCAAGUCGGACGCUGAAAAACUCUACCUUGUUAAAGCAUUCACCUAUCCAGCAGACUUUUAGAAUUAAAAAAUUGAGCCUCUCUCUGUGAAACACGGGUUUAAUGCAUGUGCGUAAAGUGCCGUCCCAGAUUAGCCUGUGCAGUCUGCACAUGUUAGUCAGGGACAACACUUUCCACCCUUAGGGAAUUUUUGUAAUCUUAGCAAAAAUCCAAGUCAGGUGAAAAGUGAUGUUCCAGAUUAGCCGACGCGGGCUGCGCAGGCUAAUCUGGGACGGCACUUUACACACAUGCAUUUAGUCCCAUUUUGGCAGAGGGAGGCUAGUAUUCAUUAUUCUACAUACUUGUGUAAUGAUAUUUAUUAUGUGAAUAUGUCCAUGUGCUGUAAACCUGUUUGUUUUUGUUUGUUUACAUAGUCAGUAAUGUUACAGAUUUUCAUAUUAAUAAAUUAUAACACUUAUUAAAAACUUAUUUAUGCACUUGUUUGAGAAACUGUGGAAGUCGACAUGUUCAUUCUAUUACAGUUUUAAGUUUUGUAAGAAUUCGGACUUUGCCUGUUGAAAAAUGGCCCUUUGCCUUUCUCGUCUAAAUCCUUACUAGAACUGCAUCACAAAGAUUCUCUGUGAAUGCAACACCAGUUUUACAUGUAGCUACAUUAAGGAUUUUCUCUCCAUUUAUAUUAAUUACAUAUGGCUGCAUAUUCCUUUACUAUUCCUUUCUUAUUAGGUCUGAUAUAUUUUUCUUAUUCUCUCAUUCUGUUUGUUACCAAUGAAAUGUUGAACUUAAAAUGCCUUUGAUGCGAAAUAUGGUUGUACAUGUACAAGCUGUAUUUGCCAGUCACUGUUAUGUUAUUUGUUAGUCUUUGUUAGAGAAUUAGCCUAGCUUCUUUAAACAAAAAAUACAUUAAAAGUGGAAAGUUUUGUCCCUGAUGAGCCUGUACAGACUGCACAGGCUUUUGUGGGACGACACUUAAUGCACAGUUCAUCCUAAACGACAAAAACAUGGCUCAUAAUUGUCUAUCUCUAUUUGCAUGCCAUUUUGUAACAAGUACAGUUUCUGCUUUGAUCUAUCUUUAUUUGCGUGCCAUUUUGUAACAACUACAGUUUCUGCUGUGGUCAUGGUUAUCAACAAAUUUUGUGUAAUUAAAAUUUUUGAGAUAAAGUGUAAAUUAGUAAAUUGACAAAUAAAUGUACAUAAGUACAAGAAAUAUAUAUAUAUAGGGCAUUAGAAGUAUAUACGUUGAACUUUAUACAUGUAGUUGUGAAUUGUAUUUUUUUUAAAGAAAUGUUGACUGAAAUGCAGUUGUGAAUUAUAUUUGUAAAAAAACAAUGUUCAAACAAGUUGUCAUAUAUCAGUAUUUUAAGUAGCACUAUUUAUGCUUUAUGACAGACUGUUUUUAGCAAAUUUGAAAUUGUUGUUAGAAAGUACAUGAACAUGGCAAUGUUUUUUUUUUUUUAAAUAUAUUGAACAUGGAUGAAAAAACGUUAAUUGUGCACCACAAUAUUCUGUCAAACCUCAGGCAUAAAACUCUCAACACAUGUGACCACUUUUAACCCUUUCCCACUCAGAUGAAAAGUAAAAAUAUCUAAGUUUUGGAGAUGAAGCCUUAAAAACUUGAAUCUAGUAAGAAAUGUCUUAAAUUAAAUAUACCUUUCUAAGAGAUUACAAAUGCUUGAAAAUACAUAUCUAAGUGGUAAAGGGUUAAGAAAUGUCUGUUUGUUAGUAGGAGCAGCAAUAAUUAUGUGCUAUUAAUGUAUAAAGAUUGCUGAGUAUCAGGUUAUACUAGUUUUGAAAAAAAGUAAUCAUUAAUAUGCAAAUAGUACAUGGAUUUUAUUCAAACAGUCGGGAAUAAUACCAAAAAAUCUAUUCAUCUAUGUAGGUGUAUGAUUAUCAUCAAAUGACAUCAGUAAAAUAAUAAAGCGUUUGUUAUUUGUUUUUUUGUUUUUUUUUAAAUUAGCAAAAAGCAUGUAUUACUAUCGGGAGCAUAUGAUAAAAAGCUGUUAUAUAACCCUUGACCCCAUAGAUACAUAUUUUGACGCAUUUGUAGUCCUUUGGAAAGUUAUUUUCAAUUAAAUACCUUUAUUACUUUAUUCAAGUUUUAAAGGCUUCAUUUACAACCCUUAGUUACUGAUGAACAGCAAACAGCAUAAAUCCAGAACAGACUGUGAGUUCCUGUUUUGGUUUUAUGCUGUUCGCACAUAGCCAUUUUCACUUUGCCUCUGACUGGGAAAGGGUUAAAAAGCCUGCAUGUUCCAGUGUUAUGGAAAAAAAUUAUGCUUCCUUUGGUUUUGGGUUCAAAUCUCAGUGAAUUCUUAAACUUUUUUGUAUUUUCGAAAGACUAUUCCAAUGUAUAACCAUUAAAAUACAAUUGUAUUUCAUGAAUAUUUUUUAAAAUAUGAAGUUUAUGCUUCUAAAGGUUUGGGGUUCGAAUGUCAGUGAAUCCUUAGACUUGUUUGGGCUUUUAAAGACUAUUCCUAUGUUGAACCAUUCAAAUAAAUUUUUAUUUUAUGAUUUAUUUUAUUACGAAAAUCUGUUCACAAGUCCCUUAAAUGCUCAAACAUGAAGACAUUGCAAUGUUUCACUGCUGCUAAGUGAAGUGAAGCAUCUUUGUGUUUAAAUUUGUGUAAAUUAAAGUCAAUUUUGCAAAUGUGUAUACUGGCAUUAAUAUUUUGAAUGGCUGAUUUAGCAUGAAAAAGCUGAGCAUUUAAAUAAUUUUUUAGUAUUUCUUAUUUGAAAUGAAGGCAUGUAGCCGAUUUGUAUUAAAUUAUAGAUUUUAUCGUCUGAUGUGGCAGUGUUUUUCUGUUGCCUACAGAUGUCGCACUGGUACCUUGUUAAUACAUUUAGCAUAUCAUGGUUUAUUAGUAAGAGAUUCAAUUUAGCAUUUUGUUAAGUUAAUUCAUGUAUGAUGAUUGAAUGAGUGAUUUCCAUUUAUGUAAAUAUUUUAUGAAACUUCAUUUUAAGAGGUUUUUGCCAGACUUGCACUAUUUAAUGCAAGGGAGAUUAAUCAUUCUCAGUUUUGAAUGUUACAAGAGUGGUUUCCCAUUUAUAUUAACAUUAUUUCUCUACAUUUAAGAAGGAUAUGUAUCUUUGUGUGCAAAAAUGUUAAACCAAAAUUGCAUAUUUUACAACAUAAUGUUUCUAACUUGUAUAUUUGUUAAAAUUGCUAAACACAUCACUGCACAUUUCCAUAUUCCACUACAUUUCAAAUAUUUUAGAACGUUUAAAGGUCAAACAUAUUCAUCUCAUCUAUACUAGAUUUUAAUUUGCAUUUUACAAAAACUUCAAAUUCAAAUUAUCAUUUAAUUUAGAAAAAACUUCACAAUUUUCUUAUCCAAUUAUUUCUUCUCUCAUUGGACCUGCUUAUUAAUUAAAUAGAUAAUUUGUUAAAAAUUGCAAUCGUAUACAAACUAGGUUGUAAUUGUUGAAUGCUGAAUUAUACCUUGUGAUUCAUGUUGAAAUCUCAGAAACCAUGCUUAAUCAGGCACCUAUCAAGUAGUAUCUCCUCCAAACUCCACACAGCUUUUUUUUUAGUGUAAAAAAAGUGUAUUUACUGUACCUUACAGAAGUGUAACCGAACCUUCCAUGAAUAUAUGCACUGACCCUAAGCAUAUGAUUAAGAGAUUCAUUUUACAAUAGCAUCCAUUUCAUUUAUUGAUUUAAUUAACCCACAUUUUACGAAUUCAAUUUAACCCAUUCAAUUUAACCCAUUUUUGAUAGUGUUUUUUUCAUGUAUUUUCUUUUAAAAGAUUUUCAUUGUUUUCCUGUCAAUACUUUUUAUAUGUGCAUAUUAACACAUAAUAGAUAUGCACCUGUAUCAUUUUUAGCUCUGCUGUUUUCGGAGAAAACCCGAGGUAUUGUCAUAGCCAGCUCGUCGUCCGCCGUAGGCGUCGUGCUAAAACCUUAACAUUGGCUCUGAAAGCAAAGUGCUUCCACCUACAACUUUGAAACUUCAUAUGUAGAUGCACCUUGAUGAGUUCUACACGCCACACCCAUUUUUGGGUCACUAGGUCAAAGGUCAAGGUCACUGUGACCUCUAAUAUAAAACUUUAACAUAGGCUCUAAAAUCAAAGUGCUUCCACCUACAACUUUGAAAAUUCAUUUGUAGAUGCACCUUGAUGCAUUCUACACGCCACACCCAUUUUUGGGUCACUAGGUCAAAGGUCAAGGUCACUGUGACCUAAUAUAAAACUUUAACAUAAACCUCUACAUUCGCUCUAAAAUCAAAGUGUACAUGCACCUUGAUGAGUUCUACACGCCACUCAUUUUGGGUCACUAGGUCAAAGUUCAAGGUUACUGUGACCUCUAAAAAAAAUAUAAAAAAUAUAAAAAAAUCUGACAAGCUUUCGCAGCCAAGCGUGGCACCCGCUAUGUGGUGCUCUUGUUAUAAUACUUUAUCAUUACAAUAAGAAUAUAUUAAUACUCGUUAUAUUGCAAGAACAACAAUACCACAUGUAGUGUUAAGCCAAUACUAAUGGUAAGCAAUUAUUUUCUUGGAAUCUUCAGUUUUAAAUAUAUCUUACUUAGAAUGAAUGAGACAUUUUUCUGCUAGGGUCAAUUUCAAAUUCAUAAAAUCAGGCAACUGUGCUGUAUAUAAAGUGUGUUCCCAUAUUGCCAAUUGACAUUAGUGUAUACAUUAUUACAGAUUGUCAUGCAAAAGACUGUCUUUAAGAGACAUCAAACAUGAUGGGGAAUAAACAAUCUGUAGAGAAGCGCUUAGCAAAAAUCAAACGGCCUUGCACUGGUUCAAUCCAUUGGUUGGCUGACAAAUGUUGUCAGCUGUCAAAAUAAGAUUUAUAUUAAAUGACAUCUAACAAAAUAUCAGUGCAUUUUUGUUUACAUUUUGUAACUGAGCUUGCUAUCUCAGUUGAUAGAGCGCUUAAUUACAAUUCAAGGAUCGCAGGUUCGAUCCCUGGCUCGGCCACAUAACUUGUGUGGCGAUUGGUCAUGAAAUCAUGUCUAUGCUUAUUCUCCCCCUUCCUCUGAUAGCAUGAACCAAUGAUUUUUCCAAGCAUAAAUAAUUGAUGAAAAACUUACUGCAAAAAUAUUUAAGGUUUGAGAAGGCUUUUUCUUUUAAUAGCUAUCUUGAAAAUUAUAUUUUGUAUGAUUUGUUUGGAAAUAAGGGGUAACAAACUUUUAAAUAAUGUUCUUAAUUUUCUAACCAAAACUGAUACCAUGUAAGUCUGUGGUCAGUUACUGGCAUAGGUAUAAGCACUUAGCACUGGUCAACCAGGUAACCCACAAAGAGUGAGUUAGUAUAUUAACCGCCAGGAUAUGACUGAAACACUGGUUAAAACUUCAAACAGCAUUAUUGUUUCUUCUUAUCAAUAUGAUAAUAUGCCUUUUAACACUAUUCAACACAAAGUAUAUUCCAAGCAUCCUGGAAAGCUCCUUCCAAUAUGUAUUGACUUGUCAUUUUAGUCUUUAAUCUAGAUGACUAUGUACAUUUUUUUUCACUGUAUUCUGAUUUUUAUAUUAUAUUAUGUCUAGAUAGUAUUUGCAUGCCGAUACAUGGAUACAUGUAGGAUAUUGAUCAAAUUGUUUUGAAUGUAA